CAACAUCAGUCACAAAAUACAUUUCGCAAAUAAAUGUGCAUCAAGGCAGAUCUACUUCUUCGAUCGUAUCUUCUCCAGCAAGUUCGAGGGGUACCGAUGUGGUCUUGUACUCUCUAUCGGGACUCCCUCCAUUGCGUUUAAGCGGUCGUUGUGCAGUUUCUUGCGAAACAGGUGAUACUCGCAUUCCAACUGCAUGAUCUUGCAAUCGAUAGGGUCCAGCCUAUCGAUGAUGGAUUCUGAUAGCAAGACCGGGGGCCAGCCCUUGAUAAGCGAGGGAAUCAUUAUGACGUCGUCCUGCUGACGGAGAUUAUGGUGGUGUGUUGGAGGUGUAGAUCUGCUUGCACCAUCUGCCGCAGUUUUCGUGUGGCCUUCGUUGUCAUCUCCAUUAAUGACGACCUCGUUGGGCUCUUCCGGGACAUUAUCUUCAACGCGUUCGUACUCGCAUUCUUUGACGCCUUCAUGAACACCUUCGUUGUCGCCGACCGUGAACGUUUCCUCGACGAUUGCGCUGUCGUAUACCGCAUCAUUGUCCUCGACUCCUUCGUUGUCGACCUUCGUGACGUGUUCUUCGCUGCCCUCGUGGUCUUCCAUGAAAUCUUCCUCCAAGCGGACGUUGUCGUCUUCUGUGACAUUUUCUUUCACGUCUUCGUUCCCUCCAACGAAUUGUUCCUCGAUGCCUCUAUUGUCGUCCUCUGUGAGUUCGUUGUCGCCUACCGCGGCACCUUCCUUGAUGCAUUCGUCAUCUUUUUUCAUGGUUUUCUCCUCCACACCUUCUUUGUCGUACACGAAAACGUGAUCCAUGAGGCCUUCGAGGCCUUCGUCAUCGUCCUCUGUGUCGUCUUCCUUCACACUGUCCUUGUAAUUCUCCUUGACAGAUUCCUGGCCAUCUUCCUUGACACCAUCGUUGUGAUUAUCCUUGACAGAUUCCUGGUCAUCUUCCUUAUCGUCCUUCAUCAAGCUUUCCUUGGCACUGUCUUGUUUCUCGCUGAUUUCCUGUUCGUGUCCUCGGUCAUUUUCCACAACAAUUUCUUUGUCUGUCUUCGAUUUCUUGCUGCUAGGUGGCGGCCCUUUUUCUGCCUUGUAUUUAACACGCUUUACGGCCCUGCGAAUCCUGCGAAUCUGCGUGGCAUUCAUGGUGGCCCAUUCACUAUCGGGAAAAAUGGUGCCAUGCUUUCUGCUGGGGACUGGCGUUGUCGGGUAGGCAUCUGUGGUGUCGUUCGAUGGGUCAGUCUGCUUUUAGAGGUGUUGCUCGAAGAGUGCUUCGCAAUCUCGGAAGUAGUCGGACUUCUCGAACGUCGACGGGAAAUAUUAGCGAUAAAAGGGGUGCCUCCCUCGUUGGGAAAGACGAGUCCGCUAAGAACGCCAUUCAGGAGCCUGAUUGAUGAGAAACGAUAAUCGCGAGUUGACACUCUUGAGUCCCCAUGUUUCUGAGAUCCUUUUGCGUCUUCAUUCGUUGGUUUGGUGCUGUGAUAGAUCACGAAGGCUAG